GAGUCAGAUUCACUCGGAUCAGCUACGAACAAGUGACGUGUCGCACAGUCAAGUCGAUUUUACCUUUGAGAAAGUCCUCAACAAAAAUCUACAGCUCUCAACAGCAAACUACAGUGUACAACAGACAAGGGACCAUGGACCAAACAAACAAUCCCGGAAACAGCCAACAAGCUGCUUUCGCUGCUCCACAGGUCUGUUGGGCCCAUGCAGCGCUUCCCUCAGAUCCUGCCGAACUGCAGCGCGAGCUUCUAGACGCUCGUGGCGCCCUGGAGGAAUGGGGGUCUCAGAGAAUAAAGAUGGGACACAGGAUCCACAAACUGAAAUAUGAGGUCAACAGACGGGACAUGUUCAUAGACCUCAGGGACAGAAAGUUCAGUGACGAAACACAAAAGAGCCGUGACACCAUCGCACAGCAUGAAGAAGAAAUCUCCAACCUGAAGAGAAGUCUCCAGUACAUGCAGAGCGUUCAGGAAGAGAGCGUCCAAGAGAAAGAACACAUGGCAGCCAAACUGAAGGCAGAGCGACAAAAGGCCUCAGAGAAAACCAACGAGCUGCUCGUGCUGAACCUAGAAAAACAAAAGAUUGUUCUGCAGCAGAACGAUUUGCAGAACAUGGUCAAGCAGCUGGAACAGCAGCUCCGUCAGAGGGACAACGAAAACCUGACUCUCAGGAAACACAAUGACAGCCUCUUUCACAGCCUCACUGAGGCCAACAAAAUCCUUCAUGCCAGAAAAGCUGAAUUUCUGGAGAGCAACAGAGCCUGGCAAGACAAAUACAAGGCUCUGCAGGAGAAGUUCAGCGACAAAGAACAGGUUUGGGACACAAAGCAACACCUGGAGGCAGAGAAGAAGAAACUGUCUGAGAAACAACUGAGUUUGGAGACGACAGUCCAAAAGAUGGAGGAACAGAAGAAGGAACUGUACGAGAAACAACUCAGCUUGGAGACGACAGUCCAAAAGAUGGAGGAACAGAAGAAGGAACUGGAGGAGCUCCGUCACAAACUCAAGGAAGUCAGACUCCAGCUGAGGACCACCACAGAGAAAUUUCAGCAGAGCGACGAAGCUUGGCAGACAAAACACGAAGCUCUGCAGCAGAAAUUCAAAGACGAGCUGGCCCAGAUAGAACAGAGGUGGGAGAAACACGUCAAAGAGCUGGAGGAAGAGAAGAAACAACUCGCCGAGGAAAACCAGAACUGGCAGAUGACAGUACAACAGCUGGAGGGAGAGAAAACUGAACUGGAGAAACUCUGUCAGACAUGCAGGAAGAUUCAGAGAGCGAGGAAAAAGAAAGAAAAAGAAGAGAAAGAAGAGAUGAAGAAGAAAGAAAAAGAAGAGAAAGAAGAGAUGAAAAAGAAAGAAAAAGAAGAGAAAGAAGAGAUGAAGAAGAAAGAAAAAGAAGAGAAAGAAGAGAUGAAGAAGAAAGAAAAAGAAGAGAAAGAAGAGAUGAAAAAGAAACAAAAGGAAGAAAAGGCAGAGAUGAAAAAGAAAGAAAAAGAGGAGAAGAAAAAACAAAGAGAGGAGAAGAAGGCAGAGGGCCGCUGGGGUCGGAGGUUCAACAAGAACUACGACAGCGACAGGGUGGUGGAGGAGGCUGCUGGUUGUUCGGCUCAGGUCGACCAACAGUAGUUCCUUCUUCCUUCGUCUGUCCUGUCUCCACCCUCCCUUCACCCUCUGUCUCCAUCACCCCUUCCUCUUUCCACCUUCCCCCUCAUUCCUCCCCCCACCUCGCUUCCACCUUCC